CCUGAUCGUUUGUCUUGUUGGCACAAUUGCCUACUCGACAAGUAAUAUUAAUCUCUCAACUGGUAAGUGAAAAACCAAAACGUAAAAAUACAUGGGUUCUGAUGGGCAGCCAAAGCUCCCUGUCUUAGAUUUCUCUAAGGAAGCUGAAGCUCUGAAGCCUGGCACCAACUCAUGGCUAUCGGCAUGCAAAGAUGUUCGACAAGCACUUGAAGAGUUUGGCUGUUUUUUCGUAUCGUAUGACAAACUCCCUCCGGAGUUUCAAAAUGGUUUUUUGGGUGCUCUACAAGAAUUAUUUGAUCUCCCUACUCAGACCAAAAUGACAAACAAAUCUGAAAAUCCCUCAAGUGGGUAUUUUGGACAAAUUCCCAGCCUUCCUCUCCAUGAAGGCUUGGGCAUUGAGAAUGCAACAAAUUUGGAGGAGACUCAAAAGUUCACAAAGCUCAUGUGGGCUGGUGGAAAUGAUAAUUUCUGUGAAAGUACACAUUCGUUUGCAAAAGUGGCAGAGGAGUUGAACCAAAUGGUGACUAGAAUGAUAUUUGAGAGCUAUGGUAUGGAGAAGUACUAUGACUCCUAUGUUGGGUCCGUCUCCUAUCUUCUUCGACUCUUGAAAAAUAGAACACCCCAAGAAAAUGAGCCUAGCCUUGGCUUCGUGGCUCAUACUGACAAGAGCUUCACAACCCUACUUUAUCAGAAUAACCAAGCCCAUGGUCUGGAGGUUGAAACUAAAAGCCACGAAUGGAUUAGGGCUGAGUUUCCACCUUCAUCCUUUCUAGUCAUGGCCGGUGAUGCACUAAUGGCAUGGAGCAAUGAUAGAAUAUUAUCUCCCAACCAUCGAGUUAUUAUGAGUGGGAAUGAAGCAAGAUACUCUCUGGCGCAAUUUGCAUUUAGUGACGGCGAGAUACAUGUGCCGGAAGAGCUUGCUGAUGAACAACACCCCUUACGCUACAAGUCAUUUGAUCAUCCUGGACUCCUAGUUUUCUUUCGCACUAAUGAGAGCUAUAUUUCAAACAGUGCUAUAAAAGCCUAUUGUGGUGUUUGAAAUAAACCUUGUAACUAAUAAGAAUGUUUGCUACGCUUGCGUGUGCUGUGUGGUAAUUUCAAGGCUUGGUUGUGGGUUUUUUAAUUGUUCAAUCUGUUUCUGCUGUGUUACCUUCAUUUUACUGAUCA